AUGGCACCUUCUUCGGUUGCGAGUGAGGAGUCUAAUAAUGAUGACGGUUUUAUCGUCGAUGUCGAUGCUAUACAAGCUCAUGGUAUCGGCGCGGUCGAUAUUGCGAAGCUCAAGGCGAAUGGGUACUACACGAUUGCGAGUGUGCAUUCUGCGACGCGGAGGAACUUGCUCAAGAUCAAGGGGUUUAGUGAGAUCAAGGUGGAUAAAGUCAAGGAUGCGUUGGGAAAGUGUCUGCCUUCCGGAGGUGGUUUUCAGACUGCUCAGGAGCUCGGCCAGCACCGGAAGCGCGUUAUCAGAAUCUCUACGGGAAGUAAAGCCCUUGACGCUGUGCUCGGAGGUGGUUUCCAGACGAUGAGUAUCAGCGAAGUCUUUGGCGAAUUUCGCUGCGGAAAGACCCAAUUGUCGCACACCAUGUCGGUCAUUGCCCAGCUUCCAAAGGAUAUGGGUGGUGCAGAUGGCAAGGUUGCAUAUAUUGACACAGAAGGUACCUUCAGACCUGAAAGGAUUGCUCAAAUCGCUGAGAGAUUUGGUGUUGAUCCAGAUGCUGCCCAGGACAACAUCACCUAUGCUCGCGCUGUGAACUCCGAGCAUCAGAUGGAAUUACUCAACAAGGUCGCAGAGUUCUUCGUCGGCAACGAAUACCGUCUGCUUAUCAUUGACAGCAUCAUGGCUCUAUUCCGUGUUGACUAUACUGGCCGUGGCGAGCUCAAUGAACGCCAACAGAAGCUCAAUCAGUUCCUCUCAAAGUUGACACAUGUAGCUGAAGAAUUCAAUGUUGCGGUGCUCCUGACCAACCAGGUCCAGAGUGAUCCAGGAGCCAGUGCUCUCUUCGCUGGUGCUGAUGGUCGCAAGCCAGUCGGUGGUCAUAUCCUCGCACACGCUUCCGCUACACGAAUCUUGCUCCGCAAAGGUCGCGGCGAAGAGCGAGUGGCAAAGAUACAGGAUUCCCCAGAUAUGCCCGAGAAGGAAGCGACUUACAUCAUUACCAACGGCGGCAUCAACGACCCUGCGGCAGUCUGA